GGCCGGGGAGGCUCGCGAAGGCUGGAGCUGGAGGCGCGGCGGCGGGGAGCUGAGUGUGGAAGCCAUAAAAUGUAAAACAUACGAGCUGUCAGCAGCCAUGUGUCAGUUGGUUCCAAUAUGGAACCAACUCGCCUGCAGUGAAAAAGAAGCCGACAUGCAGAAAGCAGCAGAGAACCAUGUGUGCUCAGUACUGCAUCUCCUUUGCUGAUGUUGAAAAAGCUGAUACCAACAUUCGAGAUUCUAUCCACCUCACACCAGUGCUAACAAGCUCCAUUUUGAAUCAACUAACAGGGCGCAAUCUUUUCUUCAAAUGUGAGCUCUUCCAGAAGACAGGAUCUUUUAAGAUUCGUGGUGCUCUUAAUGCCGUCAGAAGCUUGGUUCCUGAUGCUUUAGAAGGGAAGCCGAAAGCUGUUGUUACUCACAGCAGUGGAAACCAUGGCCAGGCUCUCACCUAUGCUGCCAAACUGGAAGGAAUUCCUGCUUAUAUUGUGGUGCCCCAGACAGCUCCAGACUGUAAAAAACUUGCAAUACAAGCCUACGGAGCGUCAAUUGUAUACUGUGAACCUAGUGAUGAGUCCAGAGAAAAUGUUGCAAAAAGAGUUAUAGAAGAAACAGAAGGCAUCAUGGUACAUCCCAACCAGGAGCCUGCAGUGAUAGCUGGACAAGGGACAAUUGCCCUGGAAGUGCUGAACCAGGUUCCUUUGGUGGAUGCACUGGUGGUACCUGUAGGUGGAGGAGGAAUGGUUGCUGGAAUAGCAAUUACAAUUAAGGCUCUGAAACCUAGUGUGAAAGUAUAUGCUGCUGAACCCUUGAAUGCAGAUGAUUGCUACCAGUCCAAGCUGAAGGGGGAACUGAUGCCCAAUCUUUAUCCUCCAGAAACCAUAGCAGAUGGUGUCAAAUCCAGCAUUGGCUUGAACACCUGGCCUAUUAUCAGGGACCUUGUGGAUGAUAUCUUCACUGUUACAGAGGAUGAAAUCAAGCGUGCAACCCAGCUGGUGUGGGAGAGGAUGAAACUACUCAUUGAACCUACAGCUGGUGUUGGAGUGGCUGCUGUGCUGUCUCAACAUUUUCAAACUGUUUCCCCAGAAGUAAAGAACAUUUGUAUUGUGCUUAGUGGUGGAAAUGUAGACUUAACCUCCUCCAUAAGUUGGGUGAAGCAGGCUGAAAGGCCAGCUUAUCAGUCUGUUUCUGUUUAAUUUACAGAAGAGGAAAUGGUGGGAUUCAGUGUCUUUAGAUACUGAAGACAUUUUGUUUCCUAGUCAGUCAACUCUUAGUUAUCAGAUUCUUAAUGGAGAGUGGCUAUUUCAUUAAGAUUUAAUAGUUUUUUUGGACUAAGUAGUAGAAAAACUUUCAUACUUAACUGAGACAUUUUGUCAAGGCUAAAAAAAAAGUCUUGCAGAAUGGGGCAGCAGACUGACAGGCUGACAUAGAAAAUAAACUUUGUCCAAUCACAA